AUGCUGGACGACAGAAUAAGACUUCAGGGAAGCAAUUUCACAGAUGUCCAGACACUUGAACGUCUCAAGAAACCGUCCUCAGCAGCAUCCCGAGAUGAACAACCAGAGGCGGAAUCACAGGAGGAUACACAGGGAAACCCCAACACACAGCAAGACCUUGCUGCUCUUUAUGAAAAAUUCUACCAAUUCAUUAUCACGAUGAGCAAAACUGUUUUAGACAUUCGUGAGAAGGAAAUGGAGUUAAAAAUCGAACCAGAUGAACAAGCAAAGCAAACAAUCAAGAUCCUAACAGAUGCAAUAGUGUCGAUGAGUAGAAAAAUGCCUCUGCCUUCAGUGGGGAAAUCCGUGCCUACUUCAAAAGAAGUGGUGGUUGAUGAACAACAAACUCAACCACAAGGGGCACAGGGACUGGAUCAAUUGAGCCAGACAAAUGAUGAGGCUUCUCUUCCAGUGUGGAAAUCCGUGCCUACUUCAAAAGAAGUGGUGGUUGAUGAACAACAAACUCAACCACAAGGAAGACAGUUAAAGACAACCUGGGAGAAGAACACUGAGGAAGAUAUCACAGGAAGUGCUGAUUUGGAUAAAGAUAUCAAUGAGACUAUAGAAGCAGAAGAAUAUCCAGUACCAUCUGCACUCGACGAAACAAAGAAUCCCACUCCUUCCAUCGAUGAAAUCAUAAGAAGGGCCAGUGCACCAGCUUCAGAACCAUUAAGUGAUACCAAAAAACUAGAGAUGAUUGCCGCUGCUGCAGAACAAGUUGAGAAGAACUCAAAGGUGGUUGAAGCAGUCCCUUUAAGCAUAAUUCCACCCGAUUGGAAUAUUUCUUCUACCACGGGUGGUCUACUGAUGCUGGAGAAAAAUGAGUGUACCACGCCACCGCCUGCAAUCUCAAAGAAAGCUGAUGAGCUUGAUGAAGAGUUAACAAAGACAGUGGAAAAGAUCCUCAAUGAAAAACCUAAGAGGAGAAAUCCACCAAGAGUCCACCGGUUGCCCGAACGGUUCAGGUCGCCAUUCAUGCUGCAGAAGAAAAACAAGAAAAAAUUAAUACAGUGGACAGAGGAGAAGAAGAAAAUGACCCAAGAAGAAGCCCUGUUGAUAGACUUCGCUCUCUUGCAGAGACAAGAAGAAAUAGUUAAAUCAGGAUAA